CACAGCAGGACCGCCGUGGAAGUGAGAGGAGCAGAAAACACAUUGGCACCUACGUUGUUAAUGUAUUUUACAUUAGUUUUUUUAGAGGUUGUUUGUUUUUUUGUUUUUUAAAAAACAUCCAACUAAUUCUAGCAAACUAGAAGGGUUGUGAAUCGUAUCAAUGUAUACAGCUUGAGAGUCUACUACUAGAAUCCGUGGGAAUUGUCGCCUUUCAAACUUACUUCCUCUGAUUUGAGGUCCAAAAGGGAAUCCUACGAAUAUCUUUAAAAAUAUCAGUGAAGAUUAAGAAUAAACCAGAGACUUUUUACUAAGUAAAACGUCUUAUUUUAUUUAUUUUCUGGUUAAAGUUGCGUUUCUUAGUUUCAGCCCAGUAAGGGUUGUACGUGGAGUUGUGUACCUGCGACUAUGGGACGUAGUUUCUUAACAAUAUAGCACACAUACUUAAAUUGACUCUGCAAUGGACAAGAUGUUUGUGAUUCGAUGCAAGACCUAUUUAUCCUGCGUCAGUCACUUUCCCAUUGGUAACACUGGGAAAUUGAAGCGCAUUCUGUCUCCCAUAGGAUACCGUUGUAAAAGCACUUUGUCAUCAGAAGAUAACAUAAAAAAGUUUAUUAUAGAAAACACAGAGGUGGUAGGGGAUCAUAUAACCCCAGAAAUCAGGCUGAGACUGUUUACCCCUAACUGCCGAUUCUGGUAUGCAAGACCAGAACUGUGGCCAUUUAGUGACCCUUACUGGGCGAUCUACUGGCCUGGUGGACAAGCUCUUGCUAGGUACCUGCUAGAUAAUCCAGGUGUUACAAAGGAUAAGAAAGUGUUGGACCUUGGAAGUGGCUGUGGAGCCUCAUCCAUAGCAGCCAGACUCAGUGGUGCCUCACAGGUUCUUGCCAAUGACAUAGACCCAGUUGCAACCAUAGCCACCACUCUGAACUGUGAGCUGAAUGGCACAAAACCUUUCCCAGUAGUAUCCAAGAACCUGAUUGGGACCAAACCAGAGAACUGGGAGCUUAUUCUGCUGGGAGAUAUGUUUUAUGAGGAGCAGCUUGCAGAUAGACUGCACUCUUGGCUGAGGGAAUGCAUCAGGACUCAUCACACACAGGUGCUUAUCGGGGACCCUGGAAGAGCCCACUUUGAAGGACACACAAUCCGAAAGCAUCUGCAAAAGCUAGCAGACUACCAGCUUCCUGAUUCUGUCAGGGAGCAGAAUUAUGGUCUGACAACCAGCACUGUCUGGAGUUUGGCACAAUAUUAACCAGUCCUGAGGAAAGAUGUAGGCGGGUUCACCAGACUGCUCCCCCCGAAGAAAAGGGACCUACCCUCCCUCAUUUCAGAAAGAUCUUUGGCCGGAGCAGGAGUCUCUCUAAAAGCUGUUCCGUGCAGUUUUUCAGGACAGCUAAAUGCACUUGUUUUGAAAAACGUGCUCCCGGCUAUAAUGUUCUGCUGCCCAGCUGUACAGAAUUCCUGGGGAGAACCCUGACACUGCACUGAUCUGAAAGCGGGUCUGUUUCUAUGUCGCUGCACAAAACGAACUGAAGCAUAGCCAGCAGCUAAGGUCAUGUACUAGCUGUACAGAAAAAUUGCAACGAGAACACUUUUACAAACUACAUAACAUUUAAAUUGCAAUGUGUUCUUCGAACUGUGAGUUUACGUCUGAUCAACAGAACUAUUUCCAGUCGGAAACCUUCUGACAAGUCGAAGAUAACGUUGCAAGACUAAUGGAAAUCAACAAGCUACUUCCUUUGAAAAGAACUAUUGUUUGCUGAGAGACGACACAACACAAUGCCUACGACAAGAAUGACCGUCUCUGUUACUUUUGGUGAACUUCAGAUCCAGAGAAAGAAGCUGCAGAUUGACUUUGUUGAAAAUCAGAUGGUACAGAGGGGAAAAGAGCGCCAUGAAGUUCGCUAUCCCAAGAAUUUGGCGGGAACCCACUGACCACUCAAGCAACUGCUACUUCUGCAUGGUGGACCCUUCCAAACGUCGGACUGGCAAGAAUGCACCUGCUAUCGCGUAUCUGGACCUUCCUUCAUCCAUCGCCCCGGUGCCACACUGCCAUGAGCUCCCCAUACCCAUUCCUCCGGAGAGAGAGCAGCCGUCUUUAGAAGAGAGCAGCAAGUCAGAGAGCGAGGAAGACGUUGUAGAUCCAGAUGACAAUUUCAGAGGUGGAGCUGAGGAGAGAAACCCAUACUACCCCAACCAAAAAGACUACUCACUUCUAAAUCUUUUGUAGUCAUUUUUGUAUUACUUUAGUAUAAAUACAUGUUAAUUUGGAUUCAUAUGUUGUUUUUUUCUGACUUUAUGUGAACGAAAAGACACAAAUUCGCCCGUUUUCUCAUUGGAAAUAGGCAAAUUUCAAAAUAUCACUGUCCUGGUCACAAAAGCAAAGUUUGUGGGGAAUAAUAGCCAUUUUCUAUACUUUUGAGGCAUAAGCAAUUAGGAAAUAACACUUACUACCCAGGAACAAAAAUUGUGUUACAUAGUGUUAUAAAGACGAGGAGCCCUGGAUUUAGAGCACCUGUUAUGUCAGUGAGUUCUGCCUUGGUUGUUAAAAUAUAUUUUUCUGGUACCAUGGAGCUCCAUCACUCCCCUUAGAUAAAAAUAAACUGCCAACCUGUCUUAAGUUAAAGCAGCUGUGCAUUUUAAAGCAUCUUAAAUGCAUCCUUCUGGUACUACUGAAAUACUAGUACAUUUUCAGAUAAGAAUUAAAAGCGAGGGGCCUGUUUAGUUUAAGCUGCUUCUGCAGAUAAGAAACUCAGCUACAAGCACAUUCCAAGGUUAUUGGAUUAGGUCAGUAUUUUAUAUUUUUGCUGAAUCUUCUCAUUUAGGCCAACACAUUAUUUCUACAAUAAUAUUUCUGCUUGUUUUAGAUUUCUAAACCAGCACAGAGUUUUACAAUAUUAUAAUAUUAUUACCCUGAACAGCUACUUUUAACAAUGGUCUUCUAAUC